AUGACAAAAGCCAGUGUGUUACUUUCACCAACAUCUUGGAGCAACGAAAGAUGUGCCACAGCAUAUAUAAUACUUCCAUUAUGCCCCAUAUCGGUAACACUAUGCAUUCGAGAGCGAGCAGAGCACCAUCAGCUUAAAAUCUGCAGCGGUGUGAUCCCGUACGUAUGUUGUGCGUUUCAAAUGAGACCUAGUGGGCAAUUUGUCUUGAUGUAUCCAUCUGGAUUUGAAUUGAGGGAAACAAUCAAAACUGAGGACGCACUGUGCUGUCAUACAGCUGAAAUCCGAGAAAAUAUACUGGAAUCAGAUUGA